AUGUCGGCAAGAAAUCGAGGGCCCCCAAUCCCCACCAAAGGGUUUCCACACAGCGGCAUGCUCCAGUCUCUGGUCCACGAACCACCUUUUCCCAGAGGCCUUCGAGGAGUUCCUCAUAUGCAGUUACAUGACGAGAUGAGGGAAGCUGCUGUUAGCCCCGCCAAUUUGUUGUGUGUGUGUGUGUUUCUUGACCUGCUUUGGUCGGAUGAAAACGGAAUCCCGGCAGAAGGUAUAGUUGGGGUAGGGGUUGUUAUGGUGAGCACAUACCUUCUGUCGGGAUUCUGUUUUCAUCCAACUGAUCAGGAGCUGGUACUAUACUAUUUCAAGCGAAAGAGGUCAUUUACCCCGAGGGAAAUGACAGAUUGGGUGUUACACGAGUAUCAGAUUCUUGAUCAGCAGUUAGCCGCCGAAGGGAUUCAAAGGUCAAUUACAUCGAGGAUCAGUUUAAACAGCGGCUUUCAAAGAGGCUUUCGAGGCCUUGGCACCCCUUCGGCUUCUUCAAUCCAAAACAAAAAGCCUGGCGAACUCGUCAAUUACAUCGAACCUCCCCUUUUGUUUUUCUCUGAUUCGCCGGUCUUUCCAAUGCCUCUUUCCUUGCCGCCAAUGCACGCUAGAUGGAGAGAUACAUAUGUUCUAUAUAAACUCUUCCAAAAGAAUGGUCCAAGCCCAAAGCAUGGUGCGCAAUGUGGGGCGCCAUUUAACGAAGCGGAUUGGGAUGAUCAAAGUCGUGCUAUAACUGUUGCAGCAGCUAAUGAUGAUUUGUCGAUGUUUCAUGAGUAUGGAGGUGUAGGUGGCCAGGAAAAUAUGCUGGUCUUACUGGUCCAAGGUUGGAUGCUGAGAGAUGCUUGGCAGCAAAAGGCUCACCUGACGGCGUCGGUUCUUCCCCUCCUCGACGGCGACGGGCGUAUCUCAGUGGCAUCGCCUCGGUCGGCUGAGAAUGUGCGAUGGGGAGAAGGAGAUGGAUUCCACCAUCGAGAAUCUACCCCCAUCAUCGGAAAAUCGUCGCUCGUGUACCAUCAUCACGCUCGAGAAGUCGCCGGUGAUAAAGACUUGGCGAAGCCGCGGAUCAGCACGCUCGAUCCUCUCCUGCAGCAAGUUAAGCUGGUCUUUAGUUUAUUCGAAGAUUCAAGAACACCAAUCGUUGAAAAAAUAAUGUCGGCAAGAAAUCGAGGGCCACCAGUCCCCCCCAAAGGGGUUCCACACAGCGGCAUGCUCCAGCCUCCGGUCCACGAACCACCUUUUCCCAGAGGCCUUCGAGGAGUUUCUCAUAUGCAGUUACAUGAUGAAAUGAGGGAAGCUCAUUAUAAUCUGUCGGGGCCCAGACAACCUCUCCCUCCUCACCCUGCAAUCAUCGAGGAGCGUUUGGCAGCUCAACAUGAUGAUAUCCAAACUCUGUUAGGUGAUAACCAGAGAUUGGCAGCAACUCAUGUGGCCCUCAGGCAGGAAUUGGAGGCGGCACAGCAUGAACUUCAGCGAGCGGACAAAUAUGCCCACGCACUGCAUGCCGAGAAGGACUUAGAAAUGAGGGAUCUUUAUGAGAAGUCCAUAAAAUUGGAAAACGAGUUUCAAGGCGUAAAUGCUAUGAGGUCGGAACUUAUGCAGGUGCACAUGCACAUUAAGGAGUUGACUGGCGCUAGACAGGAGCUUACUGCACAGGUCCAAAUGAUGACUCAAGAUUUGGGUAGAGUUACUUCGGAUUUGAAGCAGGUACCGGCAGUUAAGGCGGAAAUCGAACGUUUGAAGAAUGAGCUUGAGCAAGCUAGGUCUUCUCUUGAGCAUGAGAAGAAGAGCUUUGCUGAGAGCUAUGAGCAUGGUAAGGUGAUGGAGAGUAACUUAAUCACUAUGGCACGAGAGAUGGAGAAACUUAGAGCUGAAUUGGCUAGCGUGGAAAAAAGAGCUGCUGCUGCUGCUACUGCAGCUGCUGCCAGUGGGAAUUCGGGUCUGAGUUAUAAUCCUAACUAUAGCAAUCCUGAAUCCGCGUAUCCGGGAUAUCCUGCAAAUCCCUAUCCUGCCGGUUAUGGCAUGCCGCCUGCAAACACAAUGCACCCUGUGCCUGCUGGUGUAGAAGGUUAUCAUCCCCAGUAUGGAUCUGCACCCGUUGCUUGGGGGGCUUAUGAUACACAGAGGGCUCAAGUUCCCAGAUAGACUGGUGUUUGCAAGAGGCCAUUUUCUGUGCACCUCUGGCUUAUAUGUCCAGCAAGUCUAUUUUCUCAUAUUCUCCUGUGGAAAAUUAGGAGAGGAUUUUGUUCUUAUUUUCAUUUCCUAUUGGACACUGAUGACAAAAGAUUGAAUUUAAGGAAAUGGUUUGUCACGACAUAAAAGUGUAAUGAUGGUAAUUCUUGCGAGUUGUUUCUCUUUGGAAAAAUGAAAGAGUUGAUAUUGUUUGUAAAAAUAAAACUAUGGUUAUGUAAUUAAU